AAAGAGUUUCACAUCAUUGACACCAACGAUGAUAUUCUAGACAUGGUUAUUGCUUGCUAUGAAAAGUGGAGAAAGAACCCCAGUGCAUUAGCUCCGGAUGUGUUGGUUUCUCGACACCCAAAGGUUGACAAAGGCAAGAACUACAGCCAAAGUUGGGAUGACAAAACAGAUAGGAAUAGAAGACAUGGUCGUUGGCAUAGUCAAAGUCAUAACCAAGGUCAUCAUGGUAAUCAGUCUGAAGACAAAAUGGACUGGAAUAGUAAACAAGGUCGACAUGGUAAUCAGGAUCGGUCUGAAGACAAAAUGGACUGGAGUAGUAAACAAGGUCGACAUGGUAAUCAGGAUCGGUCUGAAGACAAAAUGGACUGGAAUAGUAAACAAGGUCGACAUGGUCAAGGUCAAAAACAAAUUGAUGGUGGUGGUCAAGGUUACACUCACAGUCAUGGUGGUGGUCAAGGUAACACUCAAGGUCAGAAUCAGCAAGGCAGAGGAAGACCACACAACUACAAAUCUUGUUUAUUUGAAGAGAGAACAAAAUCUUUUAUUUUCAGAGGAAAGUUGAAGGUUUUCAUUUAUGGUGCAGAUAUCAUUACCUUGGAUGUUGAUGCCAUUGUGGCAACAGAUGGUGAGGAGCAUAAGGGAACCAUUUCUCAGGCUAUAGAGAAAGCUAAUGGUUCAACGUAUUGGGCAGAGUUCAAAGAUUGGCUCACGAUAAAGAAAGAAGGAGAUGUUAUUUUAGCAAAACCGAACAAACUGAAACAUUUGUGUUGCAUAUAUCACAUCAUCAUGGAGCCCUUUUCAUCCUGCAUUACUCCAUCACAAGAAAAACUUCAUCUUUUGAAAAAUGUUGUGUUAAAAGUCUUGGAACAAGCCAACAAUUUACCAAUGAAGGAAAAGAAGCAAGCACUGAAGAAGAUGGCCAUGUCGAUUCCUGGUGCAGAAUCCCUGGAAAACCCCAUUUACAUUGAGAGAUGUUCUGAGGUCAUGUUUAGUGCCAUUGAUGAGUUCACACGGAGGAAUCAACAGAUCCGUUUGAUGGAGGUUCAUCUGGUAGACAUGAGAGAAGAGGUUGCCAAUGUGUUAAGGCAAACGUUCCACAAACAGGUGAAAAGUCAUUGAAAAAGAAAGCCCCGUCUCCUACCUUGAUGUUAGACCCUAUUUCAAUCACUUUCCUAUCCGAUUAGAUCGGGAGAAUUCUGAUGUUAGCCCUAUAUUAAUCACACUCGCCUCCCUAUAAAGGUCGUACGUCUUCUGAUCUUAGACCCUAUUUUAAAUUACAUCCCAUUCCCUAUUUAGAUCGGGAGAAUUAUGAUGUUAGCCCCUUUUUUAAUCACACUCUCCUACCUAUUUAGGUCGGGAGACUUCUGAUGUUAGACCCUUUUUUGAUGUUGGAAUAAAUUGUCAAUAAAAUGCCAUUGUGCAUAAUUAAUAGGAAAUUAAUCAAAUAAAUUUGAAAGAAAACCUCCUUUUUCAUGUUAACUAUCAAGACAACGACUAUCUUCAUCAAGUUGAUGAUGAACUUGACGCCAAAGGAAUAGAUUUGUAGUUCACUAGAAGACUAACCAAACCCUCUCCUACUGUAAACCUUGUACAUUUAACUCAAUACGAGGGCUGAUUGAUAAGCUGUGAGUCUUGUUUUGAAGAAUUUGAA